AUGGGACCCAACUCCGUAUUCCUAUCUUUGUUUCUUCUCUCUCUAACUUUCACGAUCCUUCUUCCACUGUACUCGUCAUCCUCUCUACCGACCCAAAACUCAACGGAUUUGAUUAGUAAAACUUGCAAUCAAACGGGUGACUACUACUUCAAUCAAACGGCCGCCUACGACUUCUGUGUCGCUUCUCUCGAAUCAGAUCCCCGCAGCUCGAGUGGAGAUGUCAGUGUCUUCGUGGAGAUCUUGAUAGAGCUAGCCUCAUCCAACGUUUCCCAUACGUAUCCAUACAUAUAUCAGCUUUAUAAUGAGACGAGCGAGUUUGUGAUGAAGGAUCGGCUUUCAGUCUGUUUAAAAAUGUACGAGUCAAUGGGCAGAGAACUUAAAGAAGCGCACUACUCUCUCUCCAUAAAGAAUUACGGAGGUGUGAUUGAUAACAUGGGGUAUGCACUUGACGAUACUGUCACUUGUGCUGAAGGUUUCUACGAGCCGCCUGUCCGUAAAUCGCCAUUUUCUCAACAGACCUCAGUUUUGGAACACCUAUGUAGGAUCACUUUGGCUAUCGACAAUAUCCUCGUCAAAGGAUCUUUCUAG